AUGGCUUGUUCCGCUGCCCCUUGCUGCAAUGCUCCGAAGAAAAAGUCGAAGAUUGCCAUUAUCGGCAGCGGCGCCUCUGGGCUGACCGUGAUGAAGGAGCUCACGGCCCUGGGACACGAGGUGGUUUGCUACGAGUGCCUGCCGGUUAUCGGCGGAGUGUACGCGAAGUCGUACGACCACACCACCCUCACCACCAGCAGCUGCCUGACCGCGUACUCGGACUACAGCGACGGCCUCGAGCACCGCCCCAAGUUCUGGAGCGACACGGAGUACCUGGCCUACCUCGAUGGCUUCGCCCAGAAGUUCAACCUCCGUCAGUACAUCAACUUCAGGACGAAGGUGGAGAAGCUGCAGCGCUGCCCCAAGAGCGGCACUUGGAAGGUUUCCUUUAAGAGGAACCGCUACUCGCCCCCACACCGCGCGUACCCGGACGUGGAGCCGGAGGACCCCAACCAACCGAUGGAAGCGGAGGACGGUUUCGACGGCGUCUGCAUCUGCACCGGUACCAACACAUGGGCGAGCUUGCCUUGCUUCAAGGGCCAGGAGACGUUCAAGGGAGAGAUCAUGCACUCGGAGAAGUACCGCUCCGCGGAGGAGUUCGCCGGUAAGCGGGUUCUGGUGGUGGGGUCGGGGGAGUCGGGGUCGGACAUCUGCAACGAGAUCAGCAAGUUCGCCUCGUCGACGGGCUUGGCGAUCCGCGGCAAGCACGGCCACCUCAUCCCCCGCAAGCAGGCGGACGGGAGAGUGACGGACCUCAACACAAACCGGUGCCGCUAUUCGAACCCUUACGUCCUGGGCGACUGGGUCGGCUACGUCAACCAGCUGGCGAAGCGCUUCGUGGCGUCGAUGGGACCGGCGGACGAGGAGGCUCAGGUCCUGAAGAAGAUCGCCGAGCUUAACCUGGGGCAGUGCACCUCCGCCUUCAGCAAGUUCGGCUGCAAGAACGCGGGGUUCGUUGAGGCGAUGGUGCUCCGGGGCACGUCGCUCCACAGGGGCGGCUUCGAGCUUGUCGGCAACAAGGCGGUGUUCGGAGACGGGUCGACCUUCGAGUGCGACGUGAUCGUGGCGUGCACGGGGUACAAGAACACCUUCCCUUUCGCCGAGGAGACCCACCCGGACAUCAACGAGUACGGGCAGAACCCGCGCCUCCUCUACAAGCAGAUCUUCCACCCGAACUACGGCAGCGAGGUGGCCUACUUCGGCUUCGCGCGGCCGGCGUUCGGGUCCAUCCCGCCGACCUCGGAGAUGCAGUCGCGGUUCUACUCCAUGGUCGUGAACGGGGACCUGGACCUGCCCUGCAAGGCCAAGAUGGAGAAGGUCGCGCUCGAGGACAAGGCGCAGUACGACUGGCGGUUCGGGUACGACGCGAAGCGUGUGAAGGGGCUGGUGGACUUCCAGAUCUACACCGAUGACCUCGCCAAGGAGAUGGGCGUGCUUCCCCCCCUCAUGAAGAUCUUCUUCCAGAAGCCCAAGCUGUGGAUGUCCAUCAUGUUCGGCCCCUUCACGAUGCACCAGUACCGAUUGCAGGGGCCGUACGCUAACCCGAAGGUUGCGGCGGAGGUGUACGCGCGACAGCCCAAGGGCGACUUCCUUGAGUGCUCGAUCACGGCAGCCUUCCUCGGCGCUUCGAAGAUCUUGAGCAUGCUGGGCUUCAAGCAGUUCAAGCCGAACAACUUUUAAAAUUGGCUGCGAUGCAACGUGCACGAGUCGAGAACCGAGCCAACCCACCCCACCCUCUGCAUACAACCUCCUCAAGACGAAUCGAAGGCGAUCUUUGUCGGGAGCUGUUGCAUGGCCCACAGAGGAACCGGCCAGGUCCUCUCGGAUUGCAUUCCUUGGUCUGGUCUGACCCACCUGAAGAUGUGGUCGUAGUGGUUAAACUGUAAAUGGGGUGCGCUACAGGUGUACACACCCCGAGUUUUCGUUGCUGGGGGGAGUCUUUCGAGUGCUGGGCGAACGGAUGUUGAGCCUGUCGCGUUUGGACACGCACAGGCCUGACCUCCGUGAAACUUGGGACGUGCAGAGUGAUGCGCUUUUUCGGCGAGAGGCUGAGCGUCGCGCUCUUGCUUCCCCUCCCCGCCUUCCGUCUGCCUCCGACUCGUGGUCGGGAAUAUGAAUUGAGUGCUACACACUCACGUGUUUCCUGUCGUAAACCGUUCCAUGUUGAAUUUUGUGGGCAUGUGUCGGCAUGUAUUUUCUCGCUUCGGGAGGACUUUCUUGCGAAAAAAGAACGUUUUCUUGCGACAAAAGAACGUCUUUCUUGCGAAAAGAGAAAUUUCGUUCUCGGUGGGAACCACUUGCACGGUACCCUAAUCGUUCCGCCGCUCCUUUUGUGGAGUUUCGUUUCAGGGAUCACAGCAGUGGCCUCUUAAAGUAAUUCAGCGACGACUAUUGUACUGCUGCUGUGGUUGUUUCUUGUAGCAAGAAAUCAGAGAUGCCUUCAAAGCUGAUGGAUGCCGGAAAGGAUCGGCCUGUUUUUUUUUGUUUUCCUUCGUUCUUUUUUAUUUUUGUUGUUUGACAGUGGGUGGGUGGGAAGAAGGGCGUGUGUGUUACGGGGUUGGUUGUGGUGUCAUCGUGUUUUGCUUUUGGAAGAAGUGAUUUUGUUCGUCUUCUCCCUUGUUUUUCGAUAUUUGUUCAUUCAGUGUACCCAUUCUUGGGUGGUGAGGUCAAAAGCAGGGGGGAGGGGCUAUUCACGACCACCUUUUUGUGACGCGUUUUUUUUUUGUGUAUAUUUUCCUUCCAGAUCUACUCACGUCUUCUUUUUGGUCGAUGAUGUUUUUUAGUGCAGAAUGACAAAUCCUGUAUUACU